UAGAUUAGCAGCACAUAUCAAUGAUUAUCAAUGUUAUCAAAUUGAAUUAUGUCGUGGUUAUGAUUAUGUAUCCUUUCAUGAAGAUCUAAAAAAACUUUAUUAUAUCGCUGGUAUAGAUAAUAAACCAACUGUAUUCUUAAUAACAGAUAAUCAAAUUAUUAUAGAAGAAUUCUUAGAAGAUAUUAAUAAUAUAUUGAAUUCUGGUGAAGUCUCCAAUCUAUUCGAUAAUGAUGAAUAUGAACAUAUUAUUAAUGAUUGUCGUAUAGCAGCAAAAGAAUAUGGUAUUAUUGAAGGGAAUCGUAAUGGAAUUUAUGAAUUUUUUAUUAAUCGUAUUAAAAAUAAUUUACAUAUUGUAUUAUGUAUGUCACCAAUUGGUAUUAAUUUUCGUAUAAGAUGUAGAAUGUUUCCAUCAUUAAUUAAUUGUUGUAUCAUUGAUUGGUUUAUUGAAUGGCCUAAAGAAGCAUUAUAUAAUGUUGCUAUGUAUACAUUUUCACAAGAGGAUUUUGGUUCAAAUGAACUUAAAGAAUCUAUAUCAAAAUUAUCUACCGAUAUUCAUUUAAGUGUUUCAGAAGCAGCUGUACGUUUUUAUAAUGAAUUAAAACGUCAUUAUUAUACUACACCGACAAGUUAUUUGGAAUUGCUUGGAUUAUAUAUAACAAUGUUGAAUAAAAAAACAAAAGAAUUAACUGAUGGACGUGAUAAAUUUCGUAAUGGUUUAAAAAAAUAUUAG